CAGCAGUGCCCAGGGGAAGUUUCUCCAGCAUGGACCCAACCACCAUGAUGCAGACUUCCACUGAAAUGCCCCAAGGCUCAUUUAAUGGAAGUGGGACUGAGACAAAUAUUAGUGAAUCUCUCUUCACUAGUUUGGGUAAUUGUGAAAAUAGGGCAUUUGUUGUUACAGUUAACUCCAUCAUGUUGACCAUCAGCUUUUGUGGGCUGGUGGCAAAUGCACUGGUACUCUGGCUCCUGGGCUUCUGCAUCAAGAGGAACCCUUUCUCUGUCUACAUCCUUAACCUAGCCGGGGCUGACUUCUUCUACCUGUGUUGUCAGAUUGUGCGCUCCAUCAUGCUUAUUUGUCAGGACUUUUGGGACAUAGUACCAAGAUUUAUUGUCACUCUCACAAUUUUCUUUUACACCUUGGGCCUGAACCUGCUGGCUGCGAUCAGCACUGAGCGCUGUCUAUCUGUGCUCUUCCCCAUCUGGUACCGAUGCCACCGCCCCAAGCACAUGUCUGCCACCGUGUGCUCCCUUCUCUGGACACUCUACCUUCUGGGGAAUCUACUAGAAGGUGAAGCCUGUGGUUUACUUCAUCUUAUUCCCUACAGGGUAAUGUCAUGUCUGGCAUGGGACUUCUCUUUUGUGACAUUGAUCGUCUUUCUGGUUUGCCUGCUGUGUGUGUCCAGCUUGACUCUAGUUCUUAAGUUCCAGUGCCAUGCCCAGAACAGGGGACCCUCCAAACUCUACCUUCUCAUCAUGUUCACAAUCCUUAUGUUCUUGCUCUGUGGCCUUCCUUUUGGAAUUGACUGGUUUCUCUUGUAUUGGCUGAUAGAUACAAGGAUCCCCACCUGGAUCAAGCUUGAGGAGUAGUGGUCCAGCUACUUACCAUAUGUCUAUAGCAGUGAUCCGACCCUGUCCCCUGAUGUUGUGUGGCAACAGAUAACAGUGAGUGAAUGAUGUGCUCCC